AUGGCCUCAGAGGACCAGCUGUAUUUCUCACUAUUUACACCAGAAAGCAAUCUGACAGGACAAACACUGAACAUCAGGGUGCAGCCUUUACUGCAGGUUACGUCAAACCUGACCAUCGCCAACAGGGAGGUUUAUCAGCUGAGAAGAAAGGACCUUGAUGCGACUGAGCUUGCUAAUAGGACUAACAGUGAUCCCAAAUUUGAAGUGACCGAACUCCCUGUCCAUGGAAGACUUGUACGAAGAGUGGGCCGAGGCACGGCAAUGGAAAACGCUACUCUAUUCACUCAGAGGGACAUUGACCAAGGGUUGUUGAUGCUUCAUCCACAUGCCAACCUAACAGGCAUUGAUAUGCUGAAUGACUCCUUCACUUUCUUGCUCAGGGCAGACCAUGUGCAGCCAGCAAUAGGUCAUCUACCCUUCACCAUAGUGCCACCUGACCCCUUAUGUUUGCAAACCUUUACCCCUGAUGUUUCUUUCUUAGUCACUGCAGAUAACCUUGUGACUUCAGAUCUCUCUCAGGAAAAGCCCGUGGUUUCCUCAGGACCCACAGCAAAGACAGAAACUCUAGGGAAGCUGACCCAGACCAGGCAGCAGGAAGCAAGUCCCUGGGGACAAGACCGUGGUGAAGGGUCUACUCUGGAUGGCAAAGCUUCUCCAACCAGGGUCAUUUGGCCACCAGACACAACCAACGCCAGUCCUGAGGCACCCACCCAGCCCAGGGAGAGCAGUUAUCCCCUGAUGGUCAUUGUACCCUUGGCUGUGGUGGUCUUCCUUCUGAUAAUAACUGCAGUGGCCUUGUGUGUCUGGCUGCUGGGCCAGAAGGUAGAAAAGACAAAACCUCUUACCAAGUCUCAGACCAGUCUUGAACCUACAACCCCAGGUCCUAGGCCAGAAAGGAGCAUAACUGUUCCCACUGUCACAGUGACACCCCUUCUAAAAAGCUCCAGAAGUCCCCCAGUCAGUCUUUUCAGGGACCCACAAAGUGAGCAAAUGGCUUCUCCAGCCACUGAGCCAGUGGAGAAAUGUGCUCCUUGGGAGACGUGGAUGAGUCUGGAUCCCGAUAUGGUCAAGUUCUGCCGACAAACCAACCCAACACUGAAGCACAACCAGUAUUGGGUGUAGACCGAGGGCUUUUGUUCCUGAUUGACCACCUACUAUACUGGGAUAGACACUGGGAUACAAAGGCAAAGAAAUGUUGGUUGGAUCAACUGAGAAAAGCCUGGCCCUGCCAGUCAGUCAUUCGGUGCUCAGUUAUGGCCCCAUGGUUAGAUGUGGGCGAAUGUUUACUGUAACUCGUACAACACUCAUCUGAUGGGCUCUCCACAAUGAGCUCUGUCUGCCUUCUUCUGGACCUGACUCUGAGUAUAAGAUUUUAUCAAUAUUUAAAUCCUUUAUCAAGGUGCUACCAAACAUGCUGGUCCAACUGGAAACAGCAGUAUUAACUUGGGUGCUAAAGUUAAUGGAGGAAGCCUUUGGAUAUUUUCCACUAAGAAUUCACUCUCUCUAAGUGAGUCAGCAAGGAAAUGCAGGAACUGUUUCAGCAAGCAGAAAAGGUAAUUUAUCAAAUCAGCGAGUUUGUUCCUAGUGUGUUUCUGUAAUGUCUUUUCCUCUUUGGGGUCUCCAGGUUUGACUUCCUAGGGCAGGAAAGGCCUUGGUGCUCCAGAUAGUAGGACAGUCUGACCCCCUUUGAAGGUAUUCACUGAGCAUAUUGUGUUUCAUCAAGAGGCUUCAUCUAUUCUGAUUUGUAAAAUCAAGCCUCUGGUACAAGUGUGAUUUGAAGCCCUAAAAUAUAGAAAAGUUUAUUAAAUAUUUUGUGAUGCCUCAAUUUGGCUUAACUUUCCAAUGAAUUGAAAUAAUGGCAAGUUUGUAUUUGACUUGUCUAGUUGAGCCUACCGUUGGCAGAUUCAAGCUUCAGUUUCUAUAAUUGUACAAUGAAGGUAUCAGUACUUGUUUUAGUUAAGAAUGCUUUAAGUUGCAAAUCACAAGACGUUAGCUAUGAGUGGUUGAGAUUGGGGAUUGGUAAACUGUAUCUAUGCAGGGCCACAUAGUAAAUAUUUAAGAAUUUGUGGGCCCCAUAUGGCUGUUUAUUUUUAACAACCUUUGU